AAGACAAAAGAAGAGACCAGAUGAAAUGGGAAAGUGGUAUCUCAAAGACAAAUAUUGUUGAAAAUCCAACGGUUAGGGCAGUCGCAUCAUUCCCAUCCCGCCCAUCUUUGGUUUGAGUCCCAUUCAAUAGAAGCAAAGUGUAGAGUGUGGAAAGCGCGCCAAAUAGAGUACUCGAAAUGUGUGGUAGAGCCCGUUGUACCAUGAGAGCCGACGACAUCCCCAGGGCUUGUCGUCGUAACGAUGGUCCUGUUCGUACUCUUCACAUAGACCGGUAUCGUCCUUCGUACAAUGUUUCGCCUGGGUCAAACAUACCUGUUAUUCGCAGAGAAGACGGUUCUGAUGGUGGGGUUGUCCUCCAAUGUAUGAAAUGGGGACUUAUUCCCAGUUUCACUAAGAAAACUGACAAACCUGAUCAUUAUAAGAUGUUUAAUGCUCGAUCUGAGUCUAUUAGUGAAAAGGCUUCUUUCCGUCGUCUAAUUCCUAAAAGUCGGUGCCUUGUUUCAGUUGAAGGAUUCUAUGAAUGGAAAAAAGAUGGGUCGAAAAAGCAGCCCUAUUACAUUCAUUUCAAGGAUGGCCAGCCUCUUGUUUUUGCUGCUCUUUAUGAUUCCUGGGAAAACUCUGAAGGGGAGAUAAUUUACACUUUCACUAUUAUUACUACAUCGUCAUCUCCAGCUUUACAGUGGCUGCAUGACCGUAUGCCUGUUAUUUUCGGUGACAAGGAGGCAAGUGACGCAUGGCUUGAUGGUUCUUCUUCCAAAGUCGACACAUUGCUUAAACCAUAUGAAAAUCCAGAUCUGAUUUGGUACCCAGUGACACCAGCAAUGGGUAAGCCAUCUUUUGAUGGACCAGAGUGCAUUAAGGAGACAAAGUUGAAGACAGAUGGGAAUGUACCGAUAUCAAAAUUUUUCUCGACAAAAGGAGCAAAGAAGGAAGUGGCGUUAAACUCAGACGAGAAGGUUGUCAAGCUUGAUUCUGCAAAAUGCCUGAAAGAAGAAGACCCUGGAUCGAAAGUGAAAACAGAACCAUUCUCUUCUACCGAAAAAGAAGAACAUGACUCCAAAUCUAGUGUCAUGGCAUUUUCACAUGGAGUUGCAGAGAAUUGCCAAAUGAAGCGGGAACACGAGGAGGAGCUUUCAGCUGAUUCAAAGGUUACUUCAGACGACACUAAUAAGCUUCUGGCUAGUCCAGGGAGGAAGAAACCAAAAUUGAAGAGUGCCGGUGAUCAUAAACAACCUUCAGUACUUUCAUUUUUUGCUAAAAAGUGAUUCUAUGCUGUACUAUACUAUAGGUAGGUGGGAAAUUUUGUGAAGAAAGCGGCAAAGGUUUCCUGUACAAAGUAAAACCUUCAAAUCUGCUUGCUAGAAGAUCAGCUUUCAAAAGCUUUGAUCUUCUUGUUCUCCUGCCCUUUUUUAGGAUUGUUUAUGGGACUUUUCCUUUAUUUCCAUGGCUUUCUUCUAAUUAUCCUUUGCUUUAGUCAAGUGGAGGACAAAUCACUUGCUAUGAUUUUGGAUUGUAUUUCUAUGUAUUUGUACAUAAAUGCAUAUGGUUCUUUUUCUUGAAUCAA